GCUUUGCCGCCGCGAUGGGCCGGGAUGAUUUAUCGUUCAUCGCUCUGGCGCCUCGGAUUCGCAGAUCUGCUGCUUGGCACACGAGGAGAAGGAGAGGAAAGGUACACACACUGCACACAGACACCGUGGACGGAAACAGAGAGAGAGAGAUCGAUGUGCGCACAUACUUCUUCGUGCGUCACGUCAGGCCAACCGUGUGUGUGAGGGUGUGAGGAUGAUGGUGAAUGUGGAGGGCAGCCUCAAGAAGGACAAGAGGCUCGACCUCCAGUUCUACGAUCAGGCCGACGUACGUACGUACGCAUCCAACGGGCAUGUCACGACCCCCGUGUGCGCGCGUGUGUGUGUCAGGUGUACGUCCGCGGCGGGUCUGGAGGGCCUGGUGCGGUGACAUUCAAACCACUGAGGGGGCGAGGACAGGUAUGGUGUGUGGGCAGGGGGGCUCACACAACACAUGAUUGAUUCAGUGUCUGUCUGUCUGUGCGUGUGUGUGUGUGUGUCUGUCUGUGUGAGCAGGGUCCGCCCAACGGUGGCAGUGGCGGCAGAGGGGGCAGCGUGUACCUCCUCUGCGACAACAAGAUGAACACGCUGCAGGCACACACACCACACACCUAUACACCCAAACAUGUGGAUGCGUUUAUGAGUCUAUUUGUUCACACACAGGGUCUGCGUGGCCGAGCGUCGUUUCGCGCCAGCCACGGGGAGGCCGGCGGCUUUGGCUUCAAGACCGGCAAAAACGCCCCUGACGUCAUUAUACGGUGCGACUGGCUGUCUCGACGUAUGUGUGUGCCUACCUGUCUGCAUGAAUAUCUCUCUGUGUGUGCGCGUGUGUGUCAGGGUGCCGCCAGGGACUGUCGUGAAGGACCCAGGAACGGACGAAACGCUCGGUAGGUACAGGUGCCUUCACACACACAGAGGGACACAGAGGCAUGUGUCGUGUGUGCGUGUGUACGUCUGUUGUAUGUUCCUGCCUGCAGCGACUCUGUCGCUGUCUGGCGACAAGUGGCUGGCGGCCAGGGGCGGCAACGCGGGCGUCGGCAACGGACCCCCAAACGCCAAAGCCAGCCAAGUGAGCACACACAACACACACACACAGGACGAUAUGCGCACGUAUGUGUGUGCAUCUCUCUCGGACAGGGUCGUGUGGCUUUCACCGGUCGGAGCGCUCCUCCUCAGGCGGGCGAGAAGAGGUGGAUCAGACUAGAGGUGAGCAGAGGUGAAGUGAGGUGGGGUAGCGAUGCCAUACCCUGCCAUCUGAGCCAUUGCUCUCUCUUCCGAUCUCUCUCUGUGGGUGCGUGUGUGUGUGUGUCAGUUGAGUCUGUUGGCUGACAUCGGUCUGGCGGGCAUCCCCAACGCCGGCAAGUCGACCCUCCUGUCGACGGUGACCAACGCGCGGCCGAAGAUAGCCAACUACCCCUUCACCACACUCGUGCCAAAGUACGACCACCUGCACACACGCACGUACACACAAUGGGGUGUGUGUGUGUGUGUGCAGCCUUGGUGUGUGGGAGCCGAGCCAGUCCAUUCUGGUGCACAACACAAAGCGGAAGGAACGUGCUCACGAUGACGAUCGCGAUCGUGCACAGGUGCGUGCCCCGUGUGUUUGUGUUUGUGUUUGUGUGUCCAUGUAUGUAUGAGUGUGGGGACGGCGUGUGUUGAUCAGGAGAAGGACAGUGACAGUGACAGUGGCAAUGGUGUGGAUGGUGAUGGUGAUGGUGGUGUGUUGGGCCUCAAGCACAGCCUCAGCGUACAGAAGAGGAAAAAGGGUAGGUACACACCGAACAGACAGGCAGACAGACAGACAGACAGAGAGAGAGACCACACACUCAUCCACCCAUCCCUCACGUGCCUUUAGGUGCGUCGAGCAAAGGCUUGGUGCUACUCGACAUCCCCGGGCUGGUAGAGGGCGCCCACAAGGUGCCCGCCUACCUGAAACACACACACAUCCGUCCAUCCACGCAGCCACACAUCUCUCUCUGUGUGUGAGUGGUUAGGGUGUCGGUUUGGGAUUGGCCUUCCUCCGCCACGUCGAGCGGUGCCGGGUCAUCUUUCACAUCGUCAGCGGCGCUUCCGUCGAUCCCGUUGGUAUACAUACAUCCUAACAGACAGACAGACAGACAGACGUGGUUGGAUGGAUGGAUGGAUGGAUGUGUGGAUGUGUGGAUGGAUGUGUGGAUGUGUGGAUGUGUGGAUGUGUGGAUGGAUGCAGGCGACUUCAGGGCGUUGAACGACGAGCUGCUUUUGUUCAACCCCAGGCUGCUCGAGAAGCCGCACGUGGUGGUCCUCAACAAGAUCGACCUUCCUGAGGUAGAUUGAUAAGCCGUCCGCGAACCACUCAUCCACACACACGUAUGUAUGUGUGCAGGUGCGCGCCCGGCUGCCCGAGUUGCGUGAGCGCCUGCUCGAGGCCAUGGGUGAGAGGCCAUCCACACACACACACACACACAGUACAUGUGUCUCCGUGUGUGUGUAUCCCGAUCUGUGCAGGGCACGAGCGUCUUGUGUGCAUCAGUGCGGCCACGGGCGAAGGCGUGGAGGAGCUCAUGCAGCGCACCAGAAACGUACGUACGAACGCACUCCACCCACGCCACGCACAAUUCCCACAUCCAUUCAUCCAUCCAUUGGUCCGUCUGCAGCUGGUUGACAAGCGCGAGCGCAUGGAGGACGAGAGGCUCCUGACGGCCCUGGCAGACGACGAGGGAGGAGACGACACACGCGAUGUGUGUGGGCACCCACUCAUACACUCAUCCACACGCACACACACGUGUGUUUCUGCCGGCAUAUGUGCGCGUGCAGGCGGCUGGCGCAGAAGGUGAGGAUGCCACCACGAGCACCAGCAGCAGCAGCAGCAGCAGCAGCGGCAGACCAGACGGCUACUGGAUCGAGAACAUUUCGCUCGGCAAGUGGCGCAUCGGCGGCGACAAAGUCACGAAGGCCGCUAGGCACGCGACAGACGAUGCACCCACCACCCACACCGCACCCACACACAUCCUCUCCACGUGCAGAGGUGCACUCGUCUCUCCCUCCCUCUCUGUGUGCGUGCAGCCUGAGCGAUUGGACCUACUACAGCGCCGAGGAGCGGUUCUGCCGAGUGCUCGACGCAAUCGGUGCGCACACACACGUACUGACUUCCCCACACCCAUGUGGUGCGUGUGUCUGGACCAGGUUUUCUGGCUGCGUUGGAGGGGAGAGGAGCGCGAGAGGGCGACGAGAUAGAGAUUGCGGGCGCCAGCAAGAGGAUCAGACUCAUGUUCCCAACCACAGUUGUCGGCACAUGAAUGAAUGAACCAACAUUCAUGAACCAGACACACUUGCACACUUGGAGGAGGCACAUACGGACCAUACACAUGCAUGCAUGAGCUUUGGCGAGAAGGCUGGCCGGAACCCCUGCAGACCCAACCCCGUGUGUGGCGCAUGGGCCUGCCGUUGCAAAGCACUCAGUCG